GUACCACCGCCAAAAGCAGGCAGAUGUUCUUGCAGGCAGCGAUUUUAACAACAGUGUUUUAUAGAUAAAUUAACAAAUUAAAGGUAUUUUAAGGCGCUAGACAACAUGCAAUAGGAGCUACAAGCUCGCGGGCACAACUGGAUACUAGCGAUAGACGUGCAGCGUGCGGCUCGAGCGCCUUAAAUGCCCGCAAAAGUCGGACUUCUACGCGCGUUUUUCGCUUGGGUAACUUAGUUUUCCCCGACCUGGGAAAAGUGCCACAUUUCCAAAAGCCUUUCGUAAGGCUCCACAAUCUUGAGCAGCCUGUACAAAAUGCCGCGUGCCUAAAAUAACUUCGGGCUAUAGAAGAAGCUAUAACUACAACGAGAAAUCUAUUUUUAUUCGAAGAAUGGCCACUAUUGGGAACAAGAUAAACAACAGCUACGAAUCGGAGCCUUCUACAGGAAGCGGGUCUUCGCUCAGUGAAAACAAUGAGAGCCACAUAUCUGACGAGGAUCACAUGAACUUACCGUAUCUGAUGAAACCGAAAGCACUGAGCAGCCAGCCCAUCAAGGAAACCCCAACGCCGCCCAAUCCGAAGACGGGCAGCCAGGAAUCGCAGUUCCUGGGCUUCGGAGACAGCCCAUAUGGCCAGGUGAACAAGCGACUGUAUGGCUCCCAGCUGCAGAACCUCAAGCUGCCGGAGGUGGAGCCCCCUGCCGUCCGUCGUCCCUCGCCGGGCAAGAUUGUCUUCCCCCGGUUCUACGACACCCUCAUCGAGGAGAACAGCUGCAAUGCCGUGGACAUGGCCGUGUCAGUGGCCACUACAGCCACCACGACAACUGGCAGCCUCUCCUUCGAUGGCAAAAUCAAGAGUCUGACCGCAAAGCCCGAAAUUCAGGACAAGCCUGGGCCCUCCAAUGCCAAUCCACGACUGUCCAACGUGCUGGAAACCUCGCUCAACACCUCGCAGCAGAAGUUCAACAACGAACGCUCGCCUGAUCUCUUUGCCGACAGCGACGAUGAAGCUGACAACGACGAGCAACCGGAAAAGGAGCUGCCCACGAGGCUGGAGGAUCUGCCCGAGGUUUUGGAAGAGUCGCAGUGCACCAGCGACACACGAGCUCGCUGCUCGCUGAAUGCGCCCACGGAGUCCAGCUUUGUGGAUGAGCAGACGAUGGACCUUUCGACCACCCAGCUGAACGCCAACGAUCCCCGGUCACAUUUCUUGGAGAACUGCAGGAGAGAACGGGAGCUGUAUCGGCGAAUACGUCGGUGCCUUCAGGGAGUGCGUCCGCCGCCGUCGGUGACUGCACCCGAUGUGGACGUCAUCAAAAUGGUGCUAAGCAUGAAGUCAAACGUGCUGAACUUUCUCUCCAAGGAUAGCCCAGCAUCUACUCCCACAAUCGAGGACAGUGGCAUCAGCGAAACAACCUCUCUGUUUCGACCCUCUCACAGUCUCUCGGAGGCUCAAAACAUGGGCUGGCGGGAUGUGCUGGGAGUGAGACAUCAUGGACUGAGCUACAAUCUUAACAAGGCUGCCGAACAAAAUGAAUACCUCAGCAUGUCCGUGGUGGACCGCUAUGUGGGCGUGGAAACCGCUACGUCCUAUGUGAGAUCGCCCUCGAGCGCCAAGAAGAGAAACAUGCGUAUGAAAAUGUUAACCCAAUCGCCUGGAAACCGCCUCAGUCAUUUGGCCAAACGACGUGCCAUAUUUUCCUCUGCGAAUCUAGCCACCAACUCACAGAAGCUUAACAGCUCAAUUGGACCACAAAUAAUGCUAGAUAAGAAAAAAGUGCGAAAUAAACGCAAGGCCACGCCCAAACGAAAGACGCCGGGCAGCAAGAAAAAAGCUCGCAAGACGCCAUCUUCAUCCGCCCGAAAGCGCCUCUACCGCACUGAUCUCAUCAAGCCAGGACCUUCGAGAGAAACCUCCAAGCGUGCCUUAUUCCAAAGUCCGGCCAAAACCCUGCAGCAACAGCAGUUAAUGCCGCCCAAACCGCUCUUCAAGCCGGAGAUUGCGAACCGCGUAGAGCGGUCGAAGCGCGCUCUCUUUUCGCCGGAUCACCAGGGCAGUAACCAGCUAGAGUCGAUCCUGAAGCGGAAAAGAAACGCCUGCGAUGACGAGGAUUCAGCUGAUUUGGCUAGCCAGAGCAGCAAGCUCUUCCGCGCCGAGAGCAGUGGACCCAGUGGGUUGACUCCUCGUGCGCUAAAGAUCAAGAGCCAGAGUUUCUGCAUUGGGGCUGGUUCCUCCACUGCGGGUGUUCAGCUAAAGUUGGCGCAGCACACGGCUGCUACCCCUGGCCAGACGCGGCUCAGUCUUGGUCUGAGCGGUAGCAGUAGCAACCUGGUUAACCCGGCCUCUUUUGCAAGCGGUACGCCACUGGCGAGUAAACUGCACAGAGCGCACUCGGAGAUGAGCGCCACACCGAAUAGCAGUAUGACUGAUAACCAGCGAAAGAAACUGCUUUGGGCUGUGUCACAGGCACUGCAGGAGAAGAAAAUUACGCCGAAGCACGAGCAAUUCCGUCGGCAUGCGGCAGACCUUACGCGCAUUGUGAAGCGCAUCUUCCAGGAAUUCUACCUGGGGCAUUCGUCCAGCAACAGCGAAACCCUGCUAAGGCUGGCCAAGAAGUUUGCCUUUAGCGUGAUUGCGGGGAAGAAUGCGGACGACAUUUACCUGCAGGCGCGCAGUCAGGAAUGCGAGGCCAAGCGGCUGUCGAGCACCCGCCUCUCGGGCUACAUUGGUCCGGAGGAGUUUGCCCAGCGUAAACUGCUUCUCUCGCAAACAUCGGCCGUAGGAUCAACAGCAGGUUCGGCGCGAUCCCUGCACAACAUCUUUGGCAGCGAGAACUCCAUCGAUUCCUUCGGUCUGAGUCAAAUGAGCCUGCCCACAAAUGCCUGCUCCGAUACGCAAUCGAGUAUAGUGGAUCGCAUCUCGGAGGAUCUCUUCUGCAAGGAACGCCAACCCAUCCGGCCCAAUGCCUCGCUCCAGAACAGCUCGUCGAAGAGUAACCUAGGCGGACUGGCGCUGCGCGAGAACAUGGACUGCGAGGCUCGCCGAUCGGCGCAAAAGAACUUCACCGGCAAGGACCAGCAGAACAUCAGUCCCUACUUCGGAGGCGGCGGAAGUAACAGCUCGGCGCGCAAGUUCCAAAUGCCACCCGUGGGCAACAGCAACCACUCCGGAGGCAAAGCCAAGAGACAGAUUUCCUUUGACUGCUAGAACAGUAGGACCAAUAGAAUGAUUGUUGAAAAGGCAUUAUAAUGAUAUGAUGUUCUUAAAUCCUCUCCGAUCCCUUGAAAUUAUAGGAGUCGGCAAGGAGCAGCCAGACGUGUACAUGAGUUUUAGCUCUUUAGCAUUUUAAGCAAAAAGAUUAAUUCGUUUUUGUUUCCAUUAUUUUUGGUUGUUUUAGCUUAAUUUAUUGAACUGUCAGGUCUCUUUAAAGCCUUUCAAACCAUUUAUAUAUAAUGACAGACAAUCGUAUAUUAAUAGGUAUAAGUAAAAUAAUCUGAUAUAGAUCUUAUAGAUCGCCUCUCCUUCGACUCGCAAGACUCCCGACUUCUCCUUGAGCUCAAAAAAUGCAAGUUAACUUUAUUUCAGUAACGGCAUUCAUAUAUGAUCUAUAUGGGAUUUAUUUUAUGCGACUCAAGUUUGAUGAAUGCAAUAUUUUCCACUGAAGUUUAGAUGUAUUAGAACAGUUUGUGCUUAAAAAUUACAAAUUUUACUUAACUACCGCACGUGUACUCAAUGCAACUGAAAUUAAGCUGAAGCAUGUUCUGUAACAGUGUAAACUGAAAUUAGUAUAAUAAAAGCGCGCCAAUCAAUAGUAA